UCACUGAAACCACACUAGUGCCAUCGUAACCCGACUGAAACGGUGUUAGUAUUACCUUACGUGUGCCUCUCUGUGAUGAAUACUUAAUGGGAUAGUCUUGUUGGACUGUAAAUCGAGUUAAAAGUGGACCCACAUUGGGUGACGUCAAAACUCCACAUCGAUUCAACCUAUAGGUGAGGCUCUACCAGUGGCGGAGGGAUCUCGAAUCCUCAUUGUAGCUGCUCACGGUACAAAGAGCCAUCAGAAUGUCUACGUCCCAUUAACGAAAAAACUGGCAACACGAGGACAUCAUGUAACCAUCAUCUCCAAUUACGACAUCAGCGAAGUGGCUCGGCUGGACAACGUGCGGCAAAUAUGGCUAGAAGAAUUGGCGAUAGACAUCUCGAAAUUGCCCAAUAUGUUUACAGUCAUGUCGGACCCAUGGAAGAAAAUCGACAUGGCUGUCGAAGUCGUCAAAAUCCUCAUGAACCAACCAUCAACAAAUGCCGAAAUCACUUAUGGGGACCCACGCGUCCAGCAGCUAAUGGCCAGUGAAAGUUUCGACCUGGUUAUGAUUUCUGAAGCAUGCGGAUUGACUUGCUACCCAUUCGGUUGGCAUUUCAAAGCUCCAACAAUCGCCAUAAGUCCCAACGUUUUAUUCCCAGGACGGGCUUCAUUGCUGGGGGAUGACGAACACCACAGUUAUGUUCCUUUUUUACUCUCCUCUUUCACCGACAAAAUGAGCCUUUAUGAACGCACCAUCAAUUAUCUGGUGUCCAAAUUUUUUCAAACAUUUGUUCAUGACUGGCACUUGGAAACGGUGCACAGCAUCUUCAAGCGGACAAUCAACCCGGAAUGCCCACCUUUUAUUGAAAUUGAAAAGAAUUUCUCGUUGGUCUUCACCAACAGUCAUCCGAGUUUCAGCUAUCCGAGAACUCUUCCACCGCGAGUCAUUGAAGUGGGUGGACUUCAUUGUCGCCCGGCUAAACCCCUCCCGGAAGAUUUAGAAAAGUAUGUUUCUUCAUCCGAAGCUGGAUUCAUUGUCUUCGGAGUUGGUAGCGCCAUUAAUAUGGAAGACAUGCCAGAAGAGAUGAUUCAGUCUUUCAUCAAAGCUUUUUCCCGUCUACCUCAAAGAGUGAUCUGGCAAUGGAAGGGCAAAGUUCGAUCCGACUUACCUCGAAAUAUUAUGGCCAUCCCAUGGCUGCCUCAGCAAGAUUUAUUAGGACAUCGACAUUGUCGAGGAUUUUUAACUCACGGGGGCUUAAACAGCUUGCAGGAAGCAGUUUACCAUGGAGUUCCGGUCUUGGGAUUUCCAUUCGGUACCGAUCAAUAUCAUAACAUUGGACGGGCUAUUCAGGAAGGCUAUGCUGUUAAACUGGAAUGGAAAGAUGUUACCCAAGAAACAUUAACUACGUCCAUCCAAGAUAUCUUACACGAUUCCAAGUACAAAAAAUCGGCCAAGAGAUUAUCCGCCAUGUUUCGCGAUCAAAUUCAACCACCUCUAGAGCGAGCCGUUUUUUGGACUGAAUUCGUAUUGCGUCAUAAUGGCACCGAACAUUUGCGUUUGGGUUCAAUCGAUUUAGCACCCUAUCAGAGAGCACUAGUCGAUGUCUAUUUAGUUAUGGCUCUUUUUUUCAUUACUCCCAUUUUACUAAUGUUUUUCUGCGUGCGAAGGUGUUGCUGUCGCCGGCCAACAGUAACAGAUGCUGUAAAGAAGCAGCAAUAACUUGGGAAAAAACCAUUUGUUUUUGUAUAUUGUGACACAAUAUUGUGCAUGACUUGACAAAAUUUAGUCUCAAAUAGAGUAUCUCUGAUUUGA